AUGCUGCAUGUAUUGGCCAUUUUUCCCGGUCCUGCUACAAUCCUUCAGCCAGAAAACGUUCUCUUGGACAAGAGAGGUGUGGUCAAGCUGACGGGCAUCGCGCUGGCAGGGCUGCUCGCCCCAUCCAUCGGCGAUCACCCGGCCAACCAUCUUCACGCUACGUGCGGAACACCAGACUACAUCGCUCCUGAGGUUAUAGAGGGAGCGGGAUACGACGGUCGACCGGCUGAUCUUUGGUCGGCUGGAGUCACGCUCUACACCAUGCUCGCCGGUUUCCUUCCCUUCGAGGCCGACAGCAUUGAGGAAACGUUCGCAAGGAUUCGGGCUGCAGAUUUCAAGCGCCCCCCCGAGAUAUCAAUGUCGGCAUGGUCUUUGCUUGAGGGCUUGCUGGAGCUGAACCCGAGAAAGCGCUACCCGAUAGCUGAUGUGCGGCUGCACCCCUGGAUGGAUCAUCAACCAUUGGACAGGUUCACGACCUCAAACACCGCAAAGUCUUUCGGCAGCGGAGAGAAGAGCAUCAGGCAAUGCUCCGGCAGCAGCAGCAGCAGCAGCAGCAGCAGCAGCAGCGAGAGCACCUGUGGCGGAGGCGUGGAGGGUGCCCGCCCGUGUCCCAAACUUACCCUAGAUAUCUGGAAGAUCGAUGACGACGACCGAAAACAAGGCAGGGUCGGUGAAGGCAAAGAUGGCAGGGAUACAGUUGUCCAGAUGGAAGCCGGCUUAAACAGCUACAGUGUCAGUGGGAGCGCGAGCGAAUACGACGGCAGCGGCUUCCCAAACUCAAGUGGAAGAUCCGACAUGAACGACAGUCACUCGUCCUACGCGGCAACAUCGUGCUGCGGGAUGGAAAUUAAGUACAGCAGCGACGAGUCUUCGGCAGCGGCCGAUUGUUACCACGACAGCAGCCGGCCGAAAUUGACCUCGCGGUCACCCCCGGCCUCGGCCUCGGCCUCGGUGCUACCAUUUGACUACUGCUACCGUUUCUCCGACAGGCGCACUGAUUCUUACCGGCGGUCGUCUUACCUACCACUCGGCUUGACGGACUCGCUCCCCCCGGCUUCCUCGGCCUCGCCUCCAUCGUCCAUGUCCCCGGCGGCAGCCUGGAGGUGCACGUGGGCGGAUGUGAUGGGCAGGAGUGGGGGGCGCCAAGAGGCAGACCCCCCGAGCGCUAGAGCGUCGACUCUGAGGAGUCGUAGCCGGAGGCGGGACGAGCACAGUUUCUCGCGGCGGCGGCACGUUCAGGACCAGCGCCUCCACCCGGUCGGUUUCCGCGCCUCCUCCCGCUCGGAGGGCUCCACGGAGGAAAAGGGUGUGUGGGCGCGAAACGAAGGAACGUUGUCGAGCUCUACGGAAGAUGUGAUGAAGCUUCACCAUAGUGAGGGGGUCGAUUUCGCGGGGGGUUCCGAGACCGAAGUUAAUCACCUCGCAGGACGUAUAGGUAAGGUGGUCAUCGUCGGCAAGCACUCCAUCACGCCCAAGACGGAGCAAAAUACAUCCGGCAGUUUGUGGCCCUGUGUCGACCGGAUUUUUACCACAGACGCACCGAAACAACUGCGGUCUUACUCCUCUGGUACUUCGUUGUCACCGUCUAGGCAGAUUAAGUCUCGUUCGUCACCCCGGCGACGCCAUCAACAGAAUGCAACUGUUAUCGAAAAGCAUGCCCAUACCUGGUCCGAAGGCUCUCCGUCAAGUGUCUCCAGACGCUAUCAAGCGCUUAGCACGUCACCGCGAGUAGGUGGCGGUGCUGGAAGCGCCAGCACUAGGAUCGCCGUGGUAUCGCCGGCAAGCCCAACCGCGGCGAAGUUGCGGUCGUUGGACCUAGGAACGAGUAGUGCUGCAAGGGACGCAGCGCUAGUCGGCGUGGAGCUCAACAGACCGAUGGGAUGGAAAUGGCAGCGUCUCACCAUCUUCCACAGCAUCUCCCGGCCCACCUGGAGGCUGGCCGAGACGAGCAUGUCGAUGAGAAGGCUCGGCGCAACGCGCCUGUUGCGCUCACUCCCCGAGAACGAACCCUUGAGCCUCGCGAAGGCGUUUCAAAGCUCGCUUGGAGACCAGUGCGGGUGCGUCUGCCGCCUGUUGCCGGAUCCCAAGCGGGAAGCGCGCGCGAGGGUCAAAGCCUGUCGUACGAUCGCGCCAAGACCGGGGAAAGAGACCCUCGUGGGCGUCGUUUUGAGCGUGAUGUACCCCGGGGCCACGACGCCUCCGAUAGCGGAUGGGUUUGGUGACAGCAGCUGUCGCGACGGGAACAAACGAGGCAUCGCCGACGUCCGCAGCUGUGGCCGCAACGGCGAUAGCGAAGGUAGCUGCCGUAGUGGGACACGCAGAGGCCGUGGUCAAGAUUGUGGCCCGGCCGCCGACGGCCCGGAUGAAAGGAGUACCGACGUUCUCGUCGCUCUCAACGCAGGCACCGUCCGAGCCUUUGACCUCCUCAUUGAGGAUCUGCUCUCGUUGAGUGACGGGCAAUGGCGCGCCAACGUGGUGCUAUAA